UGUCCCGGUUCUCCCGGCGACUCUGGCACUAUGGAGGGGACCCAGGAAGACCUGAGCGGGAAGAUGCGGCUCCUCUUCAGCCCUGCCGCUCGGACCAGCCUCCUGAUGCUCAGGCUCAACGAGGCGGCGCUGCGGGCGCUGCAGGAGUGUCGGCAGCAACAGGUACGGCCAGUGAUCGCUUUCCAAGGCCACCGGGGGUAUUUAAGGCUCCCAGGCCCUGGAUGGUCCUGUCUUUUCUCCUUCGUAAUAUCCCAGUGUGGCCAAGAGGGCACUAGUGGUGGCUUGGACCUCGUGUACCAACGCUUAGGCAGAACUGGGCCUAACUGUCUGCACUGCCUGGGCCCGCUUAGAGAGCGGCUCACUAUUUGGGCAGCCAUGGAUACUAUCCCAGCUCCACUGUUAGCUCAGGAACACCUCGCUGAAGAUACCAGAGAGUCUGAGAUCUGGCAGGAUACAGGAGAUGAUCCUGAAGGCCAUCCUCAGAGGGCACUGGAAGAGGUGUCUGACCCACUGGCAAGCAACCAUGGACAGUCACUCCCAGGAUCUUCCCAGGAGCCGGAGGCACAAUGGGAAGUGAGCCCUAGGAGCCACAACUACCUCCCAAACCGAGACCCGGAUCAGCCACUGCCUUCUCCGGCCUGCCAGAAACGCCUGGACAAGAAACGUUCAGCACCUAUACCCAGUGAAGAACCAGAGGAAAAGAGGCUCAGAGCUCUCCCUUUAGCCCCAAGUCCAAUACAAGGGCUAUCGGAUCAGGAAGGAGAACACUGGGAGCAAGAUGAAGACAGAGAUUCCAGGCUGGAGCAGAAUCUCUCAGUUCAAGCAGCCUGUGAAUCCCCAAGCUCCGAGGAGGUAGCAGAUUAUCUCCUGCAGUACGGAGCCAUCCACAGUGCAGAGCAGCAGCAGGCCUAUGAGCAGGACUUUGAGACAGACUAUGCUGAAUACCGCAUCCUGCAUGCCCGUGUAGGGGCGGCAAGCCAGAGGUUCACAGAGCUGGGGGCAGAGAUCAAGAGACUUCAGCGAGGGACUCCAGAACACAAGGUGCUAGAAGAUAAGAUAGUCCAGGAGUACAAAAAGUUCAGAAAGCGGUAUCCAAAUUACAGGGAGGAGAAGCUUCGCUGUGAGUACCUGCAUCAGAAAUUGUCCCACAUUAAAGGUCUCAUCCUGGAAUUUGAGGAAAAGAACAGGGGCAGCUGAAACUAUCCAGAGGGCUCUUGAGUCAAAACAUCUCUAAGCUAGAGCACAUCUGCUUUUUUGAUUUUGACCCUUACGUCCAUAGUGGCAAGCAGAGAGUCAUCCUAGGUUCCUGCAGACUGGGGGGGGAGGGGUAGCCAUACUUUUUUUUAGGAUGUGGGCAUGGUGUCAAUUCUCCCAGCUAUGGCCUACUUUCCUCAGACGCUAGGAAAGUAGGAGACACUUGGCUUCAACUUUACUUCAAAGUCAUUUUCAGAUCCUGAGAAGUGACAU